UCUGCUUCUCCGUCACAUAUACAGGAAGAAAAGCCGUGAUGGUCCGCGCGGAGCUGCUGGCUCGUCUCAACGACAGAGAGUACACAAACUGGCUGAAAGCAGGACGCUGUCUGCUCAUACUGAAGGAUGGCCUCCACCCGUUCACCGACCGACACAUGAGAGCUUUCCACGGAGAUCUGCUCAAUCAAAACGCCCUGCUCCGGAACCAGUGCCAGUUUUCCUGUAAACCGAGAGGGAAUAAGCUCUUCUCGGCAUGCAGGGUGUGUUCAGAGUGGCAGAGAGUGAUCCUGAGACACCACAGACAGCCUGAUGCUACAGUCAACUGGGACAACUGUUUCCCUCCGUGCUGGAGGACAGACCACUGGGAAGUGGCAAAGGCCUUCAUGCCACGAGGUCAGGCGAAGGUGAAGGGGGCAGAUAAAUUUGAUGCCCCCGCUCUGCUUAACCUGAUCAACUACUGUGCAUAUUUCUCAUCAGUGGAUCCAAAAUUAGUUAGAGAGGUGAUCCGAUACAGGAAUGAGCUGAUGCAUUCUUCUGAGUACCGUGUGACUGAUGAAUGGAUGAGACACUACUGGACCACUCUGAAACACUUUGUGCGCCAAUUCAGCCAAGUACCAGAGAUGGCAACAGUUGGCAAAGAAAUAGACGAGAUGCUGGCCAUUGAUUUGUCAAUAUAUGUGUCUGAUUUGGAUCAAAUGGAUUCUGGUGGCUUGAAGGAUGGAUUAGAGACUGAUCAGGCCAGCCAUAAGGAGACGGGUGCUGAUGAGGUCAGCCAAUGGGAAGCUGCGUUGCUACAAGAGAUACUGCAGGAGCUCCUGCAUGCUGCUGCUGAGGACGGUGAUGCCCAGACACAGGAUACGGAGCAGUUGGAGAGUCUGGGUGGGUUCCUGCAAGCCAACAAAGAUCUUCAUGAGAGGUUUUCUGCAGAGCUUCAAGCCAUCAACUCUCUAAAGACCAAAGAAAAAGGAGGAGGAAGUGAAUGAGAAGCUCUUUGUGCUCUGAGUCUGUGUAUUUACUUAAAACACAGAUCAUCAGAACAUAAGCUGCAGAACAGUGACAGAUUGUAUUUCUAAGCACAGUUUGGGUUUCCCUUUAAAACUUUAUAUUAAAACAU